AUGGCUGAUAUUAAGAUUGAGACAGAUUUAAAGGACAGAAUGAAAAAUGUGAAGCAAUGGUUUCACAAAGUUAAAUCAGAUCAAGAAAAGAGAGACUUCAUCUUCGAUUUUAUUAAGAAAUUGAUUGAAGACACUGAUGCUUAGCCAAAAGUAGUUAUCUUCUUUAAUGAAAAGAAGUAUCUAUUAGACUUUUUCUCAGUAUUAAAAUCCGAUAAGCGCUUUAGUGAUAUGAAUGACAAAUUUAAUAUUAUCCAUGGUGAUUAGGAUAUAAAAGAAAGAAAGUUGAUUCGUCGUAAAUUUGAUGAUGGUGAAUUUAAUUAUCUCUUAACAACUAACUUGGUUGCAAGAGGUAUUGACUUCAACGAAGUUACAUCAGUAAUCAAUUGCGAUAUUCCUGUAGAUAUAAAAAAGAAGAGCAAUGACGAAAAUAGACCCGUUAAGCCUGAUGAAAUAGAUGUCUAAACUUAUAUUCAUAGAGUAGGUAGAGCAGGUCGUUCUAAUAAGAAGGGUGUAGCCAUUUCAGUUUCAAACAUAGAAGGAGAAGAAGCUGUUAUCGAUCUAGCUAAAAAACUUGAUGUUACUAUUAUAAAAUAUGAAGAUUUUGAGCAAAUAAAAAAUCAUCUUGCAGAAUGCUAUAAGCACAACAAAGAAUAAAAUGAACUCUUCAAAACUUUAGUUUCAGAGAAAUCUUGGAAAGAUAUAGGAAUUAGCGAUGAAUUUUAAACCUAGCUUUUUAAUAAUGGCUUUAAAUACCCUAAACCUUCAUAAGUUAUUUGUGUUCCUAAAAUUCUCAAUUACUAAGUUGAUAAAGCUAAAUUUUAUAAGCACAUCUCUGUAUACGGUUUCGCAAACGGCAGAGGUAAAACUCUUUGCUUCCUCACCCCAAUGAUUGAAAAAUUUAAAAGCUAAGAACCAAUGAGCAAGCCUUGGUGUCCUCAAGCAAUUAUAAUGGCUCACACAAAGGAUCUUUGUUUGCAAAUUGGUAAACAAAUAGCUGCUAUUAUGCCUCCAAGCAAAAAGUAUGAGAUAUCUUAUCUCUUUAGAGACACUGAUACCAAAGAUAUUAAGGGUUCUAUUUGCAUUGGCACUCCUGGUUAUAUCUAGAAAAUAUUAAACAGCAUUAAAACUAAAGACCUAAAGUUCUUAAUUAUUGACGAAGCUGAUGAAGUCUUGGAUUCUAACAAGAAUGAGCUUAGGGAUACUCUAAACAAAAUUUACGAUGACAUUAGUGAAGGUUUCUAGCUUAUUUUGUUCUCAGCAACUUUUGAAGAAAGCGACAUCGCAAAUCUUGAAGAAAUUAUUGAUGAUGACGAUUUUAAUAAGGAUGACAUUAACUUUGAAGCUUUCUUUUAGAUUUGA